AAAGUGGAUUCUAGCUACCCAAGUUCCCCAAUGGCUUCCAAUUACCAAAGCAAUAGCGGCAACAACCUUCACCAAACCAAAGUAGUGGUGGUUUUGAUACCUUUCCCUGCACAAGGCCAUCUCAACCAGCUUUUACACCUCUCACAGCAAAUCUUGUCACAUAACAUCCCUGUUCAUUAUGUUGGCACAACCACACACAUUCAUCAAGCAACAACUCGUGUCCAAGGUUGGGACCAGAACUCCAUUUCUAACAUUCAUUUUCAUCACUUUGAAGUUCCUCCAUUUGUUUCACCUCCUCCCAACCCCAAUAAUUCAGAAACCAAAUUCCCAUCUCAUCUUAUCCCUUCCUUUGAGGCUUCUUCACACCUUCGUGAACCUAUAGCAACACUUCUUCAUUCCCUUUCAUGUGAAGCCAAAAGGGUCAUAGUUAUCCAUGACUCACUAAUGGCUUCAGUGGCACAAGAUGCUACCAACAUGGCAAAUGUUGAGAAUUACACUUUUCAUAGCACCUGUGCCUUCACCAACUUUUUAUCCUUUUGGGAUGAAAUGGGAAGGCCUUCUUUAGAAAACUCACACAUCCCAGAUUUUCCUUCUCUUGAAGGAUGCUUCACAACCCAAUUCAUAGACUUCAUUACUUCACAAUGUGAAUUCUGGAAAUUCAAUGAUGGCAACAUCUAUAACACAAGUAGGGAAAUUGAAGGUGCUUACAUAGAGUUUAUAGAACAUAUCAGUGGUAGCAAGAAGCUUUGGUCACUAGGGCCAUUCAACGCUCUAUCCAUUGAGAGGAAAAAUUCAAAGGGAAGGCACGUAACCGUCGAGUGGCUCGAUAAACAAGAGCCAAGUUCAGUUAUAUAUGUGUCUUUUGGAACAACCACCACCUUUACAAAGGAACAAAUCCAACAGAUUGCAAUUGGAUUAGAACAAAGCAAGCAAAAGUUCAUAUGGGUGCUAAGAGAUGCUGAUAAAGGAGACAUCUUUGAUGGAAAUGAAGUGAAAAGGCAUGAGCUUUCAAAUGGGUCUGAAGAGAGUGUCGAAGAGAUGGGGUUAGUUGUGAGAGACUGGGCACCCCAAUUGGAAAUUCUGAGCCACCCUUCCAUAGGAGGGUUUAUGAGUCACUGUGGAUGGAACUCUUGCAUUGAGAGCAUAACCAUGGGAGUGCCAAUAGCAGCAUGGCCAAUGCACUCAGACCAACCAAGAAACAGUGUUUUGAUCACAGAAGUGCUCAAAGUUGGUUUGAUUGUGAAGGAGUGGGCUAAGAGAGACGAGUUGGUGACUGCAUCUGUUAUUGAGAAAGCUGUGAGAAGGUUGAUGGAAACAAAGGAAGGUAAAGACAUGAAAGAAAGAGCAAUGAAGCUUAAAAAUGCCAUCCGUAAGUCCAUGGAUGAAGGUGGAGUUUCUCGCAUGGAAAUGACUUCUUUCAUUGCUCAUAUCACUAGAUAGCUCUACCAAAUGAUUUUCCAUUGUGUUUGGCAAGAAAGCAUGCACAUCUUUCUAUUUCUUGAGACACUGUCUGGUAAAAUUGCUGAGAUGCAUAUAUAUGUCAAGCCUUCUUGCAAAAAUAAAAGUUCUUUAUUUAGAAAUUUCAGAACUAUUU